ACAACCGUGAUUUCAUAUUUGAAACAUGGCGACCGAAGGAGACGCGGGUGGUGUGUCCGUUGCAGAAACAGAGACAGGGGAGGGCGAUGCAUCAUUUGGUGAUAUGAGCACAAAUAUGGAAACCGAAUCCUCAAAUGGAAAGGAGGCAAUGGAGGCAGCGGGAGAUGGUCCAGAGGCGCCGGAGACGCAAACGGGCUCCGGGGACGAGGAGAGUGGCGGGCGUCAACUCGGAGAGGUGGAGCUGCAAUGCGCUCUCUGUAUGAAGUGGUUUACUGCGGACACUUUCAAAAUAGACACUUCAACCUGCCUUCCUUUCAUGACCAACUAUGUGUUUCACUGUAAUGUAUGUCAUCACAGUGGCAACACCUACUUUCUGAGGAAACAAGCCAAUCUGAAGGAGAUGUGCCUCACCGCCUUGGCCAACCUGACCUGGAGGUCACGCACUCAAGAGGAACACCCAAAGACAAUGUUUUCAAAGGAUAAGGAUAUCAUCCCUUUUAUUGAUAAAUAUUGGGAAUGCAUGACGACCCGUCAGAGGCCUGGGAAGCUGACGUGGCCCAAUAACAUUGUGAAGACAAUGAGCAAAGAGCGUGAUGUGUUUCUGGUCAAGGAACAUCCUGAUCCAGGAAGUAAAGACCCCGAAGAGGAAUAUCCAAAGUUUGGACUCCAGGACCAGGAUUUGGCAAACAUUGGUCCAUCAUACGAUACCCAGAAACAAACAACAUCGGUGGCUUCUACAGGAGGUCAGAAUGGUAAGAAAAAUCACAGUGAUUCAGGUGGAUCAGCAUUCUCAGGUGGCAUAGCUCCUGGAGGAACAGGCAAAGGCAGGGGUGCCAAACGCAAACAGCAGCAGCAACAGGAUGGCGCAACUGCAGGCACCACCAAGAGGACCCGCAGUGACCCGCUCUUUGCCGCCCAGCGCCUGCCCCCUCACGGCUACCCUCUCGAGCACCCCUUCAACAAGGACGGCUACCGCUACAUCCUGGCCGAGCCGGACCCGCACGCACCGGACCCAGAGAAGCUGGAGCUGGACUGCUGGGCGGGGAAGCCCAUCCCAGGGGACCUGUACCGGGCCUGCCUGUAUGAGCGGGUGCUGUUGGCCCUGCACGACAGAGCUCCCCAGCUAAAGAUCUCUGAUGACCGGCUGACGGUGAUGGGCGAGAAGGGCUACUCCAUGGUGCGGGCGUCCCACGGGGUGCGUAAGGGGUCCUGGUACUUUGAGGUGACGGUGGACGAGAUGCCCCCCGACACUGCUGCCCGCCUCGGUUGGUCUCAGCCGCUGGGUAAUCUGCAGGCCCCUCUGGGCUAUGACAAGUUCAGCUACUCGUGGCGCAGUAAGAAAGGCACCCGAUUCCACCAGUCCAUUGGCAAGCACUAUUCCGAUGGCUACGGCCAGGGCGACGUCCUGGGCUUCUUCAUCGAGCUGCCAGGCGAGACUGAAGUGGCUAAAGCCCUACCAGACACCUAUAAGGACAAGGCCUUGAUCAAGUUCAAAAGCUACCUGUACUUUGAGGAGAAGGACUAUGUGGACAAGGCAGAGAAGAGCCUAAAGCCGGUGAACACCAGCAAAAUGGUGUUCUACAAGAAUGGUGUGAGCCAGGGUGUGGCAUUUGAGAACCUGUUUGAAGGCCUCUACUUCCCUGCCAUAUCACUCUACAAAAGCUGCACGGUGUCUGUGAACUUUGGACCACAUUUCAAACACGCUCCAAAGGACCUCAAAUACCAGCCUAUGAGUGACAUGGGCUGGGGUGCUGUGAUCGAGCACACGCUGGCGGACAUUCUGUACCACGUGGAGACGGACGUGGACGGCCGCAGCCCGCACUGGGAAGGCUAACAGCAUCUGCACCUUGCAUCUUUUUUUUUCUCUCUCUCUUUCUCUCCUGUCUGUCCCUCUCUCUUAUCGUCACUCAGUCACUCGCAGAAACAUGGUUUGGAUCCUGAUACUUAAAUCAGAGUGAUUAAAAAAAAUUAAAGAGUAGGCCAGGCCAGGGCAGUAACAGUUCACUUUUGGAUACCUUCAUAAGUAAACAGACUGCAGUAGAACGCUGUAGAUGACAUUUCAGCUGAAACCAACAUGUUUGGCCUUUCCUUUCUGCAAUGUAUGUAACAAGAUUUCAUAAAGAGAAAAAAAGGAGCCGUCAGUAGAGUUACCCCCAGUGAUGAUUGGGUGUAGCAAUUAAAGAUAUGUACAAAAUA